CUUGUGUGCGGGGCAUUUACACGAAGCAUUACAAAGAGCUGUGCCAUAAUAGUUCCAUAGUGCAAUAGUGGCACUAUCCGAUAUACGAGCGCUCACUAUAGGAAAGAUAGAUUGGCUGAGUGAGUCGCAGUUAACUUUGUUUUGUGGCUGAUAUCUUGGUCUGCCCACUAUAUUGGAUUCGAGUUUUGAGCACUUUUUCGCACUAUGAACGUGUGUGUUUGGCUGCUAGACCCGAUUCGAUCUGGCUUAGUCCAUUCAAGACUCCCAAUGGAUUUAGACACGGCAUCUAACAGCUGAAUCCAAUGCUACGUGAGUGCAAUAGAUAGUGAGUGUUUGGUUCUGUAAACACAUACCCCAUUGUCUCCUUGAUAUCUUGCAGAUAAACCAGUUUUUUUCGGGAAUUCAAAAGUGGUUUAUUGCGUGUUUUUGUUUAUUCCACACUCGGAGUGAAUUCGUUUCGUGAGAACUAUGUGCCCACGAUUGUAAAAGCUCAUGUUUUAUUGAUUUUUUCUGUCCAUUCGGAAAAACACUUCACACAAGGAAAAGCGCGCAGAGGAAAGUCAAGAAAAAAGUCGUUUCGCCAAGGAGACUUUUCCGAAGCGGACUCAAUGUAAUGAUGUAAGUGCAUGUAAUCUAGUGCAGAAGAAGUGGAUUAGCACGAACCGAGACAGUCACAGCUUGGAUACGCAUACAUCACCUCCCCAAGGGAUAGUGCAUAGUGAGUGAGUGCAGCGAGUGACAAGGUGGUGGAUCAGUGGGUCAACAAUUAGCGCAUUCAUCUGCACUCAGUGGACAUUCCUCGAGCCAAUUGCCUCAAGUGUGUCGUGUAGUGUGCACUGGUCGCUUCCUUCUUGAUUUGAGGGCAGGCUGCCGUUUGAAAAGUGCAACAAGUUCACCCAAUUAGCGCAAAACGGAAAAGUCGCAGCAAUUGUGUGGCUGCGCUUCGUUCGCUAUAAUUCACUUAUUUCAUGUGUGGGUGCUACUGGUUAGUCUUUAUUGACCAUAUUUCAGAUGAGCUUGUGGAAAAAUUUUUCCAUUGAACAGUUGUCGAUUGUUAUAUUGGUGAUUGCAGCGAUAUUGCGUGGAUGUGACUGCCUCACAUCGGUCGCGGUCUAAUGUGCAUUUGUGCGAUUAUGCAACCAGCAAUAACACUAAGCUCGACGAAGCAACAAUAUCGACGAUAAAAAAAUAAUCAACAUUAGCAACUUACACAGCAACAAAGUUUAAAUGUGACUAGACAACAAUAGAGGAAAAAUCACUCACACUUUGAGUGGAAUUUUUGAGUGAAAAUUAAAGUCAAUAUUAAUUAUUGUUUAUGUGAUUUCCGACGAAGUUUCGUGUGUUUAUUUAUUUCUAAUAUUUUAUGAUAAUUGUGUAAAUAUUUAUAUGAAAUAAAUAUAGACUGAGUACAUUUGUGAUCAGCGAAUAAUCGAUAGAGCGAAUCAAAACUUAAUUAAGGAACGGUUACACCAAUUUUUGAAAGGAAAACUAAAUCCAAAACUUGCCUUACGCAUUUUUAAACCAUAACAGAUAGAGUAUUGCGAAAUUGGACGAAACUGUAGAGAUUGCGCGAUUUUGUAUUUAUGCUCCAACGAUUCGUAUAACCUGGCGAGGAUUUCACUUUGUCCACUUUUUUCCAGAUAAUUUUAACAAUUAAAUUCAAACCAUCAUGCCGUCACUACUAGAAGCGCUCGAAGGGAAAUAUGGCUUGGGUAAUGACAUCGUCGAGCAACAGGAAGAGUCACUUGUGUCCAUAUUUGUACCGAAACUGCCACCACUUGUAAGUGUUCCUGAGCUCUUAGUCCUAAACGACUGUGAUAUCGAUUGUGCUGGUGAUGCCGAGGAUUUGAAGAAGAAAUGUCGAACAGUCAAAGAACUCGAUUUGGCACAAAACAAAUUGGCCGAUUGGGGUGAAGUGUUUCAAAUCCUUUCACACAUGCCACGCGUCGAAUUUGUAAAUUUAAGUAAAAAUCUUCUUUACGGUCCUGUUGCACCACCCAGAACCCUUUGCAUGUCCCGACUGCGUAGUCUAGUUCUAAACAAUACACGAUUGGAUUGGGAGAGUGUGGACAGUUUGCUCAAUUACUUGCCCGCCCUACAAGAAUUGCAUUUAAGCCUUAACGACUACCGAAAUGUCCUGAUCGACACAAUUGACGAGGACAUGCUUGCAUCGGACUUUGAUGACCUGCAAAUAACGACAGAUGAGGAUGACGAGAAAGCUGAUGGCGAAGGUGAUGGUGAGGGCGAAGGUGAGGGAUCGGGAUCUGGGUCAGGUUCGUCUUCAUCCUGCACCUGCGGAACGAGUAGUAAUAACAGUAUUAGUAAUAAUAACGACAUGGAUCAGUUCGCGGACAGUUGCUCAUCUACCUCGUAUCGACGUAGUGACUCGACGAGUUCGAUGUAUAAGAAAACAAAUGGACACGGCGGGGUGAGAAGGUUACAUUUCACCGGGAAUCCUGUGACGGAUUGGGCGGAAAUAUGUAGAUUAGGACGAGUCUUCCCUAAUUUAGAAUCAUUGGUGCUGGCCCAGUGUCCUUUAAGGGCAGUCGAAUAUGUUCCACGGCCUUCAUCCUGUAAUAGUGAUAAAUCAGGAAAUACUGACGAUGAGGACGUAGAUCCGCCACAUGAAUAUUUCAAGAGUUUGACCUUCCUGAAUCUGAGCAACACAAACAUCAAUACGUGGGAUGACGUUGACCGUUUAGCCAAAUUCCCAAGCCUUAAAAAUCUUCGCGUUCAGAACUGGCCACUUUGGGAGAAAUGUGAUGCAACGGAGCACGAAAGGCGGCAGCUAUUGAUCGCCAGAUUGCCAUACAUCCAAACAUUGAAUGGCGGUGGCGUUAUCACGGCUGAGGAGCGAGAAGAUGCCGAGCGAGCCUUUAUCCGCUACUAUAUGGAUAGGCCUGAGAGUGAUCGUCCGGAACGAUAUAAUGAACUGGUUGCGAUCCACGGCAAAUUGGACCCAUUAGUCAAUAUCGAUUUGCGACCAGAGAAGCGAGUUAAAGUCACUUUUACUUAUGGAGAUACGAGCGAGGUCCGAAGCGUCGAUGUUUACAGGACCGUUAUCGAUCUAAAAUCCCGCCUUGAACGAUUAGCUGGAAUACCUGUCAAUAAAAUGCGUCUAUUUUACGUUGAUCAAGAGCUUCGCGAUCUCCAAGGACCCGAAGAAAUGAAGUAUCCGCACAAGCAAUUGUAUAGUUACAACAUUCGAUCCGGGGAUGAAAUCAUCAUUGAUCAGAAAAAAUGAGGAGCAGAAAAACCUUAAAAUUAACACUAAAAUCCUAAGAUGAAAUGAGGAAAAGUAUCAACUUUGAAAUUUUUAUACUUAACACUAGUGGGCAACUACAUAGAAAGUACUUUAAGAGUGAUAUAACGAGUUAAGGAGCCGGAAAAGCGGAAAUGAAAUUUUAAGAAAAAGAUUGAGAUUGUAUCUGUGACCGAAGGACAGAAAAUCUAGUGUGAAACUGAAAGUUAGAAUAUUUUUUCCAUUGAAAUUUAAUUUCAACAUCUAGAGAAGCAAUAAAACUAUUUAAUGUGAACUUUUAUGUUUUCCUUGUGUUAUUUCACGUUUUCGUUAUGGAUCAAUUUGAAAUUGUGUGAUAUUCCGACGAAUUAGAGUAAAAACAGGAGCAACAAUAAUAGAAUCAAAUCCAUAUCUUGUAAAUUUUAUCAAGUGUAUAUUUUAAUACUCUAACGUUAAUUAUUAUCAUUACUGCAAUGCUGUGUUUACUAAUUUAAUUAUGUAUGAAUAAUGUAUUAUUUGGUUUAACGCUUCCCAGUAGAGCAAGAACGGAGAAAUGGGAAUAAUGAAAAAGUUGCAAUUGGAAUUUUAGCAAUGCAAAUAUGCAUGAGAAUUAAAGAUGAAUUAUGUAGAACUUAACAACGAAGGCACCAUCAAACUUUGCGGUAGAAAUGGAAGUUGAACUUCUUGUUGAGAUUGCAUUGAUGAUGGCUUGAUAUCACGCAGCUAUCUUAUGGAAUUAAUGAAUAUAUUUUGUAUUAAUUACUAUUGAAAAUAAAAAAAAGAAAUGAGAAGAAUCUUA